AUGGCUGGAGGCAGACACCCAUUCUAUAAGAGAUUACUCAAAGAGUACAAGUCCCUAUCUACCAACAGCCUUCUGGGAAUCACCAUGGUGAAGAACGACGAGAACUUGACAGAGUUUAUAUUCCGUAUAGAAGUGACCAAUCACACGCUUUACAAGAAAGAAGACUUGUUUCAUCUCAGCAUAAUCAUCACAUCAGAAUAUCCGGUAGACUCUCCGCGAGUACAAUUCGUAAUCUUUGAUGAGAUCGUCAUAGAUGACGAUGAUAAAGAUAGCAAGGGUUCGGAGAAUAAAGAUACAGUGGUCGUACCUAAUGGAGUGCCGAAAAUACCAAUACAUCCACAUGUUUACUCGAAUGGUCACAUCUGUUUGAACUUGUUGGGCGAAGACUGGACGCCAGCAUGUCUGAUUGAAUCUGUAUUGUUGAGCAUCCAGUCGAUGCUCAACACAAACGACAAGAACGAACGGCCACCUGAUGAUGCUGCUUAUGUGAAGAGAGCACCUUUGAAUCCCAAACUGACGACAUUUAUCUAUCACGACGAUACUGUGUAG